CAAUGUCCUUUGUUUAAUUUUUCUUUUAUCCCAACAAUCCUUCUUCUCACAUCUACAUUUCUUCAAACACUUGUCGUGCGUACACGAAUAUGUCAAAAUCUACAUAAAACGAAUAAUCGAGUCCCCUAUUUUUUUCCAUAAAUAUGGUAGCAUUUAAUGCGUCAUGUUUCUUUAAUGGUUCCUGCCUCAACCUGUGAUCAUCAUUCACCAUUGCUCAAAAUUUUUUUUGGUGUGACAUUGUCUCCCCUGCAAACAGUGUUCUACAGGCUUUGAAUGGUGUUUCUUUCAUGGAGGAGAAAGAUCAAGAAACAAUGUCAAAAAUGGAUGAUUACGAAGUGAUUGAACAGAUUGGGAGAGGUGCUUUUGGUGCUGCAUUUCUUGUUCUUCAUAAAGCUGAGAAAAAAAAGUAUGUAUUGAAGAAGAUUCGUUUGGCUAAACAAACUGAGAAGUUCAAGCGUACAGCACUUCAAGAGAUGAAUUUGAUGGCAAAGCUUAACAAUCCAUAUAUUAUAGAGCACAAAGAUGGAUGGGUGGAAAAGGAAUCUUAUGUUUGCAUUGUGACAAAUUAUUGUGAGGGAGGAGACAUGGGUGAGAUUAUAAAGAAAAGUAGAGGAACAUUCUUUCCAGAAAAGAAGCUUUGCAAAUGGCUAACACAACUGUUAGUGGCAGUGGAUUACCUUCAUUCCAACCGUGUCCUUCACAGGGAUCUCAAAUGCUCCAACAUUUUCCUUACAGAACACAAUGACAUUAGGUUAGGUGACUUUGGACUAGCAAAACUGCUAAACCAAGAAGAUCUCACUUCAACUGUUGUAGGCACUCCAAACUACAUGUGUCCGGAGCUUCUUGCAGAUAUCCCAUAUGGCUAUAAAUCAGACAUAUGGUCCCUAGGUUGCUGCAUGUUUGAAAUAGCUGCACGUCAACCUGCAUUCAGAGCACCUGUAAGCAUUGAUUUGGACAUGGCUGGAUUAGUCAAUAAAAUAAACAGAUCCUCCAUUUCUCCACUUCCAACAAUGUAUUCAUCUGCACUUAAGCAACUGAUCAGAACGAUGUUACGAAAAAACCCGGAACACCGACCGACUGCUGCUGAGCUUUUAAGGCAUCCACAUUUACAACCAUAUCUUACUCAAUGCCAGAAUCUAUCACCGGUUUUUCUCCCCGUAAAAUCCGAAGCAAGCGUCAAAGGGAAGCUGAAAGGAAGCCCUUCGCCCCACAAAUACAACACAAUGGAUCCCCAAAGUGAAAGACCAAUCCCAUCAAAUGAGUCUGGCACCUCGAGAAUAAUCUUGGAGUGCACGUCAAGCAAUCUUCAUAAACAAGAAUUCACCUCCGAACCAUCUCAACCGGGUAAGCACGACGACAGAAGCCAAUGCAAUGGAGAUUUAAAGCUAAUACAUGCACCAGAAACACCACAAAAGGCGACGAUGGAGACUAAACGGAGACUCCAACCCGAAAACCGAGUCAAAACAACAGAAAACACGCAAGAAAGAUCGAUAAUGAACACGUUAACGAUGCUCCACGAUUACGAGAAAAAGAUCAAACAAGAUCCUCAGAGCUUAGAAAGAGCUGAAGCAUUGGAAUCAUUGUUGGAGAUUUGUGCUAGUUUACUUAAACAGCAAAGACUUGAGGAACUUGCAGGGGUUUUAAGACCAUUUGGUGAAGAAGCUGUUUCAUCAAGAGAAACAGCAAUUUGGUUAACAAAGAGUUUGAUGAAUGCUAAAAGCAAAAUCCCAAUAGAUCAUAGGAAAUGAAUUGUGAGUUUUUAACAAAAAAAAUCCAGCAAUAGGUAACUCAAUGAUGGUUUUUUUUUGUGUGUGGUUUUUUUUUUUAAUUUUGCUAUUAGUUUUUGUAGUUCGUGAAAGUUGUGGAUUUAAUUCCUAUAAUUUAAUUAAUUUUAAUCCAUGCACUUUUCGAAA